AUGUUCAGCCCCAGGCCCACCAACAGCCCCCCACUACCCAUGUUUAGCCCCAGGCCCACCAACAGCCCUCCACUACCCAUGUUCAGCCCCAGGCCCACCAACAGCCCCUACUACCCAUGUUUAGCCCCAGGCCCACCAACAGCCCUCCACUACCCAUGUUCAGCCCCAGGCCCACCAACAGCCCUCUACUACCCAUGUUCAGCCCCAGGCUCACCAACAGCCCUCCACUACCCAUGUUCAGCCCCCCCACUACCCAUGUUCAGGCCCAACAACAGCCCUCCACUACCCAUGUCCAGCCCCAGGCCCACCAACAGCCCCCACUACCCAUGUUCAGCCCCAGGCCCACCACCGGCCCAACAACAGCCCUCCACUACCCAUGUCCAGCCCCAGGCUCACCAACAGCCCUCCACUACUCAUGUCCAGCCCCAGGCCCACCAACAGCCCUCCACUACCCAUGUCCAGCCCCAGGCCCACCAACAGCCCUCCACUACUCAUGUCCAGCCCCAGGCUCACCAACAGCCCUCCACUACUCAUGUCCAGCCCCAGGCCCACCAACAGCCCUCCACUACCCAUGUUCAGCCCCAGGCCCAAAAACAGCCCUCCACUACCCAUGUCCAGCCCCAGGCUCACCAACAGCCCUCCACUACCCAUGUCCAGCCCCAGGCCCACCAACAGCCCCCCUACUACCCAUGUUUAGCCCCAGGCCCACCAACAGCCCUCCACUACCCAUGUUCAGCCCUAGGCCCAACAACAGCCCUCCACUACCCAUGUUCAGCCCCAGGCCCAACAACAGCCCUCUCCACUACCCAUGUCCAGCCCCAGGCUCACCAACAGCCCUCCACUAAUCAUGUCCAGCCCCAGGCCCAACAACAGCCCCCCACUACCCAUGUUCAGCCCCAGGCCCACCAACAGCCCCACACUACCCAUGUUCAGCCCCAGGCUCAUCAACAGCCCCCCACUACCCAUGUCCAGCCCCAGGCCCACCAACAGCCCUCCACUACCCAUGUCCAGCCCCAGGCCCACCAACAGCCCUCCACUACCCAUGUUCAGCCCCAGGCCCACCAACAGCCCUCCACUACCCAUGUUCAGCCCCAGGCCCACCAACAGCCCCUACUACCCAUGUUUAGCCCCAGGCCCACCAACAGCCCCCCACUACCCAUGUUCAGCCCCAGCCCCAGGCCCACAAACAGCCCCCUACUACCCAUGUUUAGCCCCAAGCCCACCAACAGCCCCCCACUACCCAUGUUCAGCCCCAGGCCCAACAACAGCCCUCUACUACCCAUGUCCAGCCCCAGGCCCACCAACAGCCCCCCACUACCCAUGUUCAGCCCCAAGCCCACCAACAGCCCCCCACUACCCAUGUUCAGCCCCAGGCCCAACAACAGCCCUCCACUACCCAUGUCCAGCCCCAGGCCCACCAACAGCCCCCCACUACCCAUGUUCAGCCCCAGGCCCAACAACAGCCCUCCACUACCCAUGUUCAUCCCCCAGGCCCACCAACAGCCCCCCACUACCCAUCCCCAGGCCCACCAACAGCCCCCCACUACCCAUGUUCAGCCCCAGGCCCAACAACAGCCCUUCACUACCCAUGUCCAGCCCCAGGCCCACCACCGGCCCCCACUACCCAUGUUCAGCCCCAGGCCCAACAACAGCCCCCUACUACCCAUGUUCAGCCCCAGGCACAACAACAGCCCUCCACUACCCAUGUCCAGCCCCAGGCUCACCAACAGCCCUCCACUACUCAUGUCCAGCCCCAGGCCCUCCACUACCCAUGUUCAGCCCCAGGCCCAACAACAGCCCUCCACUACCCAUGUCCAGCCCCAGGCUCACCAACAGCCCUCCACUACCCAUGUUCAGCCCCAGGCCCACCAACAGCCCCCACUACCCAUGUUCAGCCCCCAGGCCCACCAACAGCCCUACACUACCCGUGUUUAG